AUAUGAAGAAAAAAAAUAGAAUUGUCGCUGUUUAUCUUCCCAUUUUGCAAAGCAGUGGCGAUGGAAAUUUUGAACCAACCGUUGAGUUUAUGUCUCGGUUCCACGAGUUAUCCAUAGGCGAUGCCACUGAAUUGGAAGUGGAUGGAAGUGAUGAGGAUGAGAAUGUUGACUUAAGCUGCAAGGAUGAAGACAAGGAGAACGAAUCAUGUGAAAACAUAGUGCUAGAAAUUGAUGAUGAUUUCGUAAGAAGUCUCGACCCAACUGAAUGGAAAGAGCAUGACCAUUAUAAAGUUCUUGGUCUGCAAUCUAAGAGGUCAAAGGCCACCGCUGCUGAAAUCAAAGCGGCAUACAGACAACUAGUGCUCAAACAUCAUCCGGACAAACGACAGAUUCCAUUAGACGAGCUGCAAUCUGAUUAUUUUCCAGCAAUUGUAAAAUCUUUUGAAAUAAUAAGUAAUCCCAAAAAAAGGAUGGCUUAUGAUAGCGUGGACCCCGAGUUUGAUGAUUCUAUUCCCUCUAAAAAUAAACCAGUGCCAGCCGAUAAGUUUUUAUCGGUGUUUGGACCAGUUUUUGAGCGUAACGCCUAUUGGAGUAAUAAGAAACCUGUGCCUCUUAUUGGAGAUGAUAACACAUCAUAUGAUGAUUUGAUGAACUUUUACAAGUUUUGGUUGAAUUUCGAUUCUUGGCGCGAGUUUUCCUACUUGGACGAGGAGGAAAAGGAAAAAGGUACUGACAGGGAAGAGCGAAGAUAUCUGGACAAACUAAACAAAGCUGAGCGACAGCGGCGAAAGAAUGCGGAGAUUGCGAGGAUACGUCAACUAGUGGACUGUGCCAUGACCAAUGAUCCGAGAAUAAAGCGGAAAAGAGAAGAGGAAGUGAGAAGAAAGCAAGAGGAAAAAGACAAAAAGCGACAAAUCGCACUUGACAAGCAGAACGAAAUUGAUGCGCAAAAUGAAGCUGCUCGGAAAGCUGAAGAGCUGAAAAAGAAAGAAGAACAGGAAAAGGCAGAGCAGGAAAAGAAGGAACGCGAAGCGGCGAAAAAGGAAUUGAAGAUUGAAAAGAAAUGUUUUAAAGAUGUUUGCAAAUCUUUUGAUAAUUUUUGCGAUGAUGAAAUUGACAUAGAUGUCAAAACCUGGUGGCUGGAAGGCAUAGAUCUCAUUUGUAGUAACUUAAAUAUUGAAGAAUUCAAAAAAUUCAAUGCUAGACUGAAAUCCUUAAGUAAAAGCAAAUCAAAAGCAAUGCAACUAGUGGAAAAUGAAAUAAAAAGGCAAAAGGAAGUUGUGGAAUCAAAAAGAAAAGACGAACUUUUAAUUCAACAGCAGAAGCAACAAAAGCAGUCUGAUAACGGCCCGAGUGCUUCAAAUGACAGUAAUUCGUGGAGCACAGAAGAAAUACAGUGCCUUGUCAAAGCCUUACAGCUGUUGCCACCAGGAACAGACAAACGAUGGGUUGCAAUUAGUAAUUUCCUCAACAAUCACAUCCACGGAGGUAAACAAGUUAAGAGUGCAAAACAAGUUGUGAAUAAAGCUAAGAACCUUCAGAAUAUCAGCAAUUCAGCGAACAGCGAAAUCAAAUCUCAAAUCACACAGAAAUCAGUGGACAAUUUCGCCGCCACAUCGAAUGGAAUGACAAACGGUGGCGCAGAAGGUCAUCAGACCACAACUGUGGAAUCACAAAGCACAGCCAUUCCCACGGAAAGGACAGACGACACAGUCACGUGGACAUCACAAGAACAGAAGCUACUAGAAGCGGCUCUGAAGAAUUACCCCCCAGACACAGACAAGAGGUGGGAGAGGAUUUCAGAGGCUGUUCCUGGAAAGUCCAAGAAGGAAUGCAUGAAGAGAUACAAGGAGAUAGUUGAGCUUUUGAAGGCCAAAAAGGCGGCACAAACAGAAGCAGAUGAAGAAGAAGAAAAAGCGCACGUGGAAAGUGAAGUAGAAGAACAGGAUGAAGAUGAUCAGCCAAAGAAGAUGAAGUUGUUCAAUGAUGAGGAGGGUGAAGACGAAGUGACAGGAGAGAAUGGAAUUGUAGGUGAGGAUGAGGACAGUGAUGAUCAACAUGUGCCUGGAGACGAUGAGUUUGAUGAAGAUGAAGAAGGGGGCGAAGAUGAUGAUGAGGGAAGUGAAGAUGAUGGAGGCGAUGAGAGUGACAGUGACGAUUCAAUCGUGACCAAAUCGAAAAGCAUUCUCAAACACGAAAAGCUUCUCAAGACGGAAGCAGAGAAGGAGCUAAGGCUCAAUAUCAGACAAGUGGAUGACGACAACUCGGACCUGGAAGAGGAUCUGAACGGGCAUGACACUACCCAGCAGCCUGUAAUCGACGCAAAGUCACUGAAAGCAAAAGUAACGGCAAAGCUCGACCUGAUCAACAACCCUAAACUGUUCGCCAAGUAUCAGUCUAAACUGGUCGGAGUAGGCGAAGAACCAUGUACUAAGAAUGAUUUAGUAAAGAAGGUUAAGAAAGAGUUGCAGUCAUUAUACUCCUACAACCAGUACCUCAUGAAACAACUGAUGGAUUUGCUGACCUCCAAACACAUUUUGCAAUUUUUAGAAGCAAGUGAAGUUGAAAGGCCUCUAACGAUAAGAGCGAAUACGUUGAAAACGAGAAGAAAAGACCUCGCUCAGGCGCUCAUCAACAGAGGAGUCAAUCUGGACCCCCUCGGGCCCUGGACAAAAGUGGGAUUAGUCAUAUACCAAUCACAGGUCCCCAUUGGUGCAACUCCAGAAUAUCUCUCUGGACAUUAUGUGAUCCAGGGUGCCUCCAGUAUGUUGCCCGUCAUAGCACUGGCUCCCAAGUCAGACGAGAAAGUUCUGGACAUGUGUGCUGCUCCUGGUAUGAAGACCUCCUAUAUUGCUCAGUUAAUGAAAAACACUGGGACUCUUGUUGCGAAUGAUGCCAAUCCAGACAGAUGCAAAGCGAUAGUUGGUAAUCUACACAGAUCGGGAGUAACUAACACUGUUAUCUGCAGUCUGGAUGGACGCAAGAUGGCCCACUUUUACCCUGGCCACUUCGACCGAGUGUUGGUAGAUGCUCCAUGCAGUGGAACAGGCAUCAUCUCCAAAGACUCUUCCGUCAAGACAUCCAAAGACAGAUCCCAAGUGCAGAGGUGCUUCACUGCUCAGCGGUCACUCCUCUUGGCAGCUAUAGACAGCUGCUCAGCGCACAGUAAAACAGGCGGAUACAUAGUUUACUCCACCUGUUCAAUUUUCGUGGAGGAAAAUGAAGCGGUGGUGGACUUCGCUCUCAAACACAGACACGUGUCAGUAGUGCCCAUUAGUGGUCUAGACAUCGGUGAGGAGGGGUUCGCCAAAUACAGAGGGUACAGACUGCACCCCUCUUUGAAACACGCGAGGAGAUUCUACCCCCACUUGCACAACAUGGACGGCUUCUUCGUUUGCAAACUGCAGAAGAAAAAAGACGGCAUAAAAACGCUGUUUGCUGAAGAACUUGAUAUCACAAAUGAGAAUGACGUAAAAACUGAAACGAACUCUUAAAUUAAGUCCAUGCAUUUGUCCACUUUUUUCUCAAAGAAAUUAUUUGAAGCCA